ACAAUUCGGGCGAGUUGUCUAACUGACUCGCUCUUCAUCCUUGUCAAUAUCAAACGACGAUUCGAUAAUACACAGGUUCUGGAACGAGCACCGCGUCUCAAUCUGAACAGAAGGAGAAAAGCUCAGAGACCAACGAUGGGUGAGUCAGCCAGCGAAGAUGAUUUGCUUCUCAAGAAUUUCUUCGCUGAAGUCAGUGAAGUCGAGAGAGAUAACGAAGUCCUCAGGAUCCUCUCAUGCUUCAAGUUAAAUCCUUUUGAGUAUCUAAACUUAUCAUUUGAUUCAACCCCAGAAGAUGUGAAAAAGCAGUAUCGUAAGCUAUCACUGCUAGUUCACCCUGACAAAUGCAAGCAUCCUCAGGCCAAGGAAGCAUUUGGAGCAUUAGCAAAAGCUCAACAAUUAUUACUUGAUCAACAAGAAAGAGAUUAUCUUGUUAGUCAGAUUAAUGCAGCAAAAGAAGAACUUAGAGCAAAGAGGAAAAAACAUCUGAGGAAAGAUACUGCUUCUAAAAUCAAGUCAUUUGUAGAAGAGGGGAAAUACGACCAACAGUACGAACAGUCAGAAGAGUUCAAACAAGAACUGAAGUUAAAGGUUAGAGAAUUAUUAACUGAACAAGAAUGGCGGAGAAGAAAAAUGCAGAUGCGGAUAUCUGAAGAGGAAGGUAGGUUGAAAAAAGAUGAAGAAGAAACCAAAGAGAUGUGGAAAAGAAAGCGUGAGCAUGAGGAGCAGUGGGAAGGAACAAGAGAGAAAAGGGUUUCAAGCUGGAGAGACUUCAUGAAAACAGGAAAAAAGGGCAAGAAAGGAGAAAUUCGACCUCCGAAGCUCAAGACAGAAGACCCUAACAAAUCGUAUGUCCAAAGGCCAGUAAAGAAAGGUUAAGGUUAAUUGGUCGUGUGAUUGGUUUGGUGAAUCAAGAAAGAAAGGUGUCAGGUGUAGAUGUAGAGAGAAAUCUGUACCUGACCGUCUUAAACUUGUUUUUUUAACAUAUUUUAUUUGUGUUUGAGUGAGACAUGAUAAGAUGGAUGUCUCCGUGUAGCUCAUUAAAACCAAACCCCAUGUCAACAAAUUUAGAUUUAAUUACUAAAAUGUCUAUACCUUCUUCA